AAUAUUUCUUGCAUACGCCAUUGCCGCCAUUUUUUUAUCGUUUUCAUGUCGUUUUCUGCUGAUUCGCAAUUUUAUUUUGUUUAAUCAAAUAAAACGUAUUUUCGUUCACACGGAAGGUUUUUGUUCCGUACAUAAUAAAUCUUGCAUUACAUACACAGGUAUAAUCCGACUUCGCCCUAACGACCCCGUUAAAAAUUGAUCUAAUAAUGAAGCGCGACGCGUACGGCGACGAUGGACCGAUGCAGAAGCGGCAACGGCAGCCCGAUGACGAGGUCACCUUCCUUAUACCCAGCAAGGUGGCUGGUUCUAUCAUAGGGAAGGGAGGACAAAAUAUAUCAAAACUCCGAAAUCAGUACAAAGCCUCUAUAACAGUCCCAGAUUGCCCAGGCCCCGAACGGGUUCUGUCGAUAGCGGCGCCAGAUGUCGACACGGUUUUAGAAAUCGUGAAAGACGUUCUGCCGAACUUGGCCGAUGGAGGACCAAAAGGGAACAACGUGAAUGAAGAGUUGGACGUGCGUCUACUGAUUCACCAGAGCAGGGCCGGGUGCGUCAUCGGAAAAGCCGGGGCGAAGAUUAAGGAGUUGCGGGAGAAAACAGGUGCGCGUCUGAAGAUCUUCUCCAACCCCGCCCCGCAGAGCACCGAGCGAGUGGUCCAGCUGAUCGGGAAACGCGACGCGAUCGCCGCCGGCGUCCGCGAGGUCCUAGACCUUGUAAGACAGGUGCCAAUUAAAGGCGCAGUACAGAACUACGAUCCGCACAAUUACGAUGAUUUCUACGCGGACGAGUACGGCGGCUUUGGCGCGGGACAGGGCGGAGCACCGCGAGGGGGCGGCGGAGGGCCGCGCGGACCGCCGCGGGCGAUGCCGCCGCCGCUCGGGCCACGGGCUCGUGGGCCACCGCCGCCGAGGAACGGACCGCCUAUGGGACGGAAUGGACCUCCUGGGCCGAGAGGAGCAUUCAACGACUUCUCCGGUCCGGGUCCGCGCGGUAACUUCUCGGGUCCCCCGCGCGGCGGGUUCGGAGGCAACUUUGGCGGCGGCAACUUCGGCGGCGGACCCGCGCGCGGCGCCGGCUCUAGCUUCAACAACGACGCCGGCGGACAGCAGGACACCUCCACGCAAGUCACUAUCCCCAAAGACCUGGCCGGCGCGAUAAUCGGCAAGGCGGGGUCGCGAAUCCGCAAGAUCCGCGCGGAGAGCGGCGCCGGCAUCGAGAUAGCCGAGCCCCUGCCCGGCUCCAACGACCGCAUCAUCACCAUCACCGGCACCCAGCAGCGCAUACAGAUGGCCCAGUACUUGCUGCAGCAGAGCGUGCACGAGAGUAACCCCAACCUCGGCGGCGGGCGCGGCAACUUCUGAUUCCUGAUGUCCUUCGCGCGACUACGGGACAGUUUAGCUUUACGUCAGCCACCUCACUACUCUUGUAGCCCAGAGGCUCUUUAGCAUGACAGUAAUUCCAAAUAGUCGCCACUGCGCGAAUCUAAAUCUAGCAGUAAAUUCAAUAGAUGCAAUCCAAAAACGUAUCGCAAUAGAGAUCUGUACUAAAGAUUUUAUACAUAUUUCUGACCUAAAUAUUUAUAUGAAAUAAAAGAAUGCAUUUAUCAUUACGUAUUAAAUAUAAAAGGUAAUUUAAAAUAAGAUUGUGUCAAUGAUUUACCGAUAAUUGUUACAUCGAUAGUAUUUUUAAGUGAAUAUAGAUUAGAAAAUAAAAAGUUUAUUUUAUGAA